AGUGCACCAGUAAGCGGAGAGGAGCGCCGCGCUAACGACGAAAAGUUUGGGCAAAGGAAUGGGCAAAUGCGAGACGACCGCUUUUCUUUCCCUUUUCACCAUUACGAUGACGAUAGCACGGAAGAGGAUUUAAAAGGAUCUACUCAAGCCUGCCAGCAUCGCAACAUUUUGAGGAUUUGUGCACUCUUUUGGGAAUUUUUCUAGCGGAGAAAAAAAAACUUCUGCGUUGUCUUCGGAGUCGGACGGCGAAAAUAAAAAUGUGUUCUUCCGCACAGCCGAGCAUUUUAGCGGGUUAUGUGGUGUUUUUCUUGCUGUUUUGGGGUACACGAAGCUUGGUUGGCGCGUACACAAGGACGUGUCCCGCUCCGUGCGCUUGUUUUGGGGAUCUCGUGGACUGCAGUCGACUGAAAAAGGGACAAAUCCCAAAGUCUCUCCCGGAAUGGACCGUACAACUGGACCUGAGCCAUAACAAAUUGCAGGUGCUCCACAGCGCUUUGUUUUCCAAGCUGCGACAUCUGAAUGAAAUCAAGCUGAGUCACAAUGAACUGAACUCGGUACCUGAUUUGGGGCAGUACGCUUCGAACAUCACCACGUUGGUUCUAGCAAACAACAGGUUGUCCAAGAUCGCCAUGGAGCAGCUCGGGCCUUUCCUCGCCCUGGAAACGCUCGACCUCAGCAACAACCACAUCGCGGAAAUCAAGGCCGGCUCCUUCCCCGCUUUGCCCCUCAAGAACCUAUUCCUCAACAACAAUCGCAUCGCCUCGCUGGAGCCGGGCUGCUUCACCAACCUGUCCAGCAGUCUUCAGGUUCUCCGACUCAACCGCAACCGUCUCUCCUCCAUCCCAGCCAAAAUCUUCCAGCUGCCCAACUUGCAACACCUCGAGCUGAGCCGGAAUCGAGUGCGCAGGGUGGAAGGCUUGACGUUCCACGGGCUGCAGGCCCUUCGCUCUCUGAAGAUGCAGAGGAACGGCCUGAGUCGCUUAAUGGACGGCGCCUUCUGGGGCCUCAGCAAUAUGGAAGUCCUGCAGCUGGACCACAACAACCUGACGGAGGUGAGCAAGGGUUGGCUGUACGGCCUGCUGACUCUGCAGCAGCUCCACCUCGGCCACAACGCCAUCAGCAGGAUCCGACCCGACGCCUGGGAGUUCUGCCAAAAACUCAGCGAGCUAAACCUCUCUUCCAACCACUUGUCCCGACUGGAAGAAUCCAGCUUCAUUGGACUCAGCCUGCUAGACGAGCUUCGCAUCGGGAAUAACCGCGUCAGUUUCAUCGCCGACGGCGCAUUUCGAGGCCUCUCCAGCCUGCAGACACUGUAAGUGGGGCA